GACCUAAUCUAAUCGACACUAUUUAGCAGGGGAGGAGAAAUCUCAGAAUUUGCAAAAAUCUAUAACAAACUGUAUCCAAGUGACUCAGUCUAUCCAUCUAAAUUAAACAAUACAAUGAGCUUACUAUCUCGAGUUCAAUUCAUGGCUUCCACUAUUCUCAUCACUCCAAAAGGAGGAUUACUAAUAAAUGCACUUCAUCUUCCUUAUCGCAACAAUCUCUUUCUUCACUCUCCAACAUUCCGUUCAUUUUCUCUCUCCUCAUCACCAAUUUCUCCAGAAAUAUGCCAAGUAACUCAAGCUACAAAGAAUGAAGUGGAUGUAUUACUUAAAGGAGUUAGUGACAGAAACCUUGUUGAACAGAUAAAGCAUAUUAUUGAUAUGGCAAAUCGGGCAUCAUUGAGAAGAGAAGUCCUGCAUACAGAUUUUCUUACCCCGCCUGUAUUAAAUGAGGCUAUGGUGGCCUUGAAAAAGUUAGCUGAUGUGAAUGCUAUUCCUAAUGGCGGAUAUUUGGAGGCAGAGCGGUGUCGACUUUCUGUGGGACACCCAGAAGUUCUUAGAUCUAUUUCUGAUACAGUUGUAGCAUUGAGCAUUACAGGGAACUUCGGAUUUCAACCACCUACCCAUGGGGACUUCCUUGGCUCAAUUCUAGGCACAGGGAUUGCCAGAGAAAAGCUUGGAGAUAUUCUCCUUCAGGGAGAAAAGGGGGCUCAAGUUCUUAUUGUUCCUGAGCUUGUUGACUAUAUGAUGUCAUCAUUAGACAAGGUUGGUAAGGUUCCUGUCUCUUGUACAUUGAUUCCAUUGGAAGAACUCGAAUAUGAACCACCAAGGAUCAAGACACUAAAGACAGUAGAGUCGUCAUUGAGAGUUGAUGCUUUAGCUAGUGCUGGAUUUAAAAUUUCACGCUCAAAGUUUGCUGAUUUGAUAAGCAAAGGAGAUGUCCGCAUUAACUGGAGUACUGUGACGAAAAACGGAGCUACACUUAAGACUGGUGACAUCGUCUCAGUCAGUGGCAGUGGGAGAUUAAAGAUCGGCGAGAUAGUUACAACAAAGAAGGGAAAAUAUGCAAUUGAACUUAUACGAUAUCUGUAGUGAACUGACUUUUAUAUGACCAUAUUCAGAGGUACUUUAAAUUGUUACACAAUUAUUUCAAAUAAUUUGUAUAUUGUUCUGCUGGGUUUACUUUCCAUUCAAAUCCAUCUUGUCUAUUUGUUAACUCUGUGGUGAACUCUAGUGUAUAUAACUUCUUUUAGUAACUUGCCAAUGCUUUCAUAUU